AUGACUCUGUGCGACGUGAUCCGCGUCACCGACCUCGUCCUGCGCACGCCCGCCCUUGCGCCCGACCACUGGCAGCGCCCGCACAAGGACCAACCGCUCGUCUGCUCGCUCGAGAUCCACACGCACGUUGACGACGAGGCAGACACCGACAAUCUCCUCGCAGACUCGCUCAACUACGGCACAGUCACCAAGCACGUCGAGCGACACGUCCGCGAACUCGCCGUCUCCUCAUCAGUUGGCGAGGGUGAACUGUCGGGUAUCCCGCUCGAAGUCGUCGCAGAACAGCUCGCAAAGGUUGUCAUCUUCAGGGCAAAGGCGCCGAACGUCCGCAUCGAACUUCGCCGCCCGCGCGCACUCCUCACCGCCGAAUCAAUCGGCGUUGUCCUCUCUCGCUCUCGCUCCGACUACUCCAUUCCUUCUGCCGACGCUCCCACCGACUCUCUCGACGCCUACACUCUCCUUCCGACCGCUGCCUCCCCCGCGAACGAUACCCUCUUCGUCCGCCAACUCCGCCGGCACGUUAUUAUCGGCCUCAACCCGUGCGAACGCCUCGACGAGCAGGAAGUCAUUGUCGAUUUCGAGUUUUCAGCUCCCGACGACGGCAUGAUUGCGAGUAACGGAGCUCGAAUGGGCUGGUUGGGCUGGAGAGGGGCGGUCAAGCGGGCUGAGGAGCACUUUACGUCGACCAAGCCCCUCACGAUCGAAUCCAUCGUCGUCUCGCUCUCCUCUCUCCUGCUCACUCCGCACACCUCCCCAUCGCCCAUACCAGCCGCGCCCUCUUCCGCAUCUGGACCGUCGCCACAGCUCGAUUGGAAGAUCCCUCGCACGACCGUCCGCCUCUCGAAACCCGCCGCGCUGAUGUUCGCCAAGCACCCUUCGGUCCAAGUGACCCGUUCACGAGCGGACUUUCCCGCACUCUUCUCCACCUCCGCCACACGCGCAUACUCGACCACUCCCGCUUCGAGCGGCUCGAAGACCCUGCGUACGGCGUACAUUGGACUCGGCACGAACCUCGGACAGCGGGUCAAGAACCUCAACGACGCAGUCUCGACGCUCGACCGCCUUGGCGCCGAGGAGGGCCGGACGCAGGUUGUUGAGACGAGCUGGAUGUAUGAGAGCGACGCGAUGUAUCAUGAGGAGCAGGAGCGGUUCCUCAACGCGGUUGUCAAGAUUGAGACGACCCUUCCUCCCCUCCGCCUCCUCACCCUCCUGAAACGCGUCGAGUCAACCCUCGGUCGCGACUUUUCGACCUUCCGGAAUGGCCCACGCGUGAUCGACCUCGACCUCCUCCUCUACGAAGACGUCGUGCUGGACACGCGCGAGACGGGCGAGAAGGACGAGGAGGGACGGUGGCUGAAGGUGCCGCAUCAGGGCAUUGCGGAGAGGGAGUUCGUGCUGCGACCGCUUGUCGACCUCGCCCCUUCGCUUGUCCACCCCAGCCUGAAGAAGACGCCUUCCGAGCUCCUCUCCUCACUUACGACCUCGCCGUCUUUCGCCUCGACAGUCCACCGCGUCUUCCCUCUCUCCGCCUCGCUCGUCCACCCCUACUUCCGCCCCACCUCUUCCUUCCUCCCCUACGCCUCCGACACUCGCACACUCGUCAUGUCCAUCCUCAACCUCACGCCCGACUCGUUCUCCGACGGCGAUGCGGCGAGGUCGUCAGACGUCGAAGUCGCACUGAGUGAAGCGAGGAAGCAUCUCGAGGAGGGAGCGGAUAUCGUCGACGUUGGCGGGAUGAGCACACGUCCUGGCGCCGCCGACAUCGGCUCAGAAGAGGAGAUUCGACGAGUCGUGCCAUUCGUCAAGGCUCUUCGUGCAGCCGAAGACUCGAAGCGCGCUGUGAUCAGCAUCGACACUUUCCGUCCCGACGUUGCUCGCGCCGCGCUCGAUGCUGGCGCAGACGUCAUCAACGACGUCUAUGGAGGACGCGAGCCGGGCAUGCUCAAAGUCAUGGCGGAGAAGGCUUGCCCGGUCGUCCUCAUGCACAGUCGAGGCGAUCCCUCGACUAUGACCCGCCUCACGACCUACGACGGCGGACUCAUCGAGGGCGUCCGACGCGAGAUGGAGGAGAUGGUUGAGAAGGCGCUCGCUGCGGGCGUCAGGAGGUGGAACAUCGUCCUCGACCCCGGUUUCGGAUUCGCCAAAUUCUCGGACCAGAACUUUGCUCUCCUCCGCCACCUUCCCGAACUCUUCGCCUCCUCACCGACGCUACGAGAGUACCCCGUCCUCCUCGGUUUGUCGAGGAAGAGGUUCCUUGCGCCGGAGAAGAAGGACGCGAAGGAGCGCAGGAUGGAGACGGCUGCGGCUGUCAUGGCGUGCGUCGCGAGCGGAUGGUGCGAGGUCGUCCGGGUGCACGAGACAAAGGAUUCGAGGGAGGUUGUGCAGGUCGCGGACAAGAUCUACAAGAGUCGAAUUGGGGAGGCAUAG